GAUUGGCGAGCGGCGGCCGGGUCCCGCCUCCAAUGCGCCCAGCAGGCUGCGCCGCGGCGGGCGGCACUUCCGGUACUAGGCCUCGGCGGGGGGAGGGGACCGGGCAGCAACCGCCGCGGGCCGGGUGCGAUGCGGGCAGAGCCGUAGGGGCGGCGGAGCGGCGGCACCAUGCUCAUCGAUAACGUGGACGCGCUCAAGUCCUGGCUGGCCAAGCUGCUGGAGCCGAUAUGUGAUGCAGACCCAUCAGCCUUAGCCAACUAUGUUGUGGCAUUAGUUAAGAAAGACAAACCAGAGAAAGAGCUAAAAGCUUUCUGUGCUGAUCAGCUGGACGUCUUUCUGCAAAAAGAAACUUCAGGUUUUGUAGAUAAACUUUUUGAAAGUCUGUACACGAAGAGUUACCUUCCUUCUCACGAACCCACGAAAGUAGAAGUGAAGCCUGCAGGUCAGGAGAAAGAAGUCAUCAAGGAGGAGUUGUCUGUUAAACAGAAUUUUCAAGAAUCAGUUGAAGAAGAGCGGGAUAGCAGGAAGAAGAAGCAUUCUAGUCCACAGAGAAGCCGUGCAGAUUCCAGUGAACAAAGAACCAGAGAGAAAAGGAGAGAUGAUGGAAAAUGGAGGGACUAUGACAGAUACUACGACAGGAGUGACCUGUACAGAGACAAGUCCAGCUGGCGGCGAGGCAGGAGCAAAAGUCGGAGUAAAAGCAGAGGGCUGAGUCGAAGUCGCAGCCGCAGCAGGGGUAGAAGCAAAGACCAUGAUGCAAACAGAAGUGUUGAGCACCGUGAGAGAUCAAAGUUCAAGAGUGAACGAAAUGAUGUUGAGGGCACAUAUAAUCCAGUUUCUGCAUCUGCCAGUAACUCUACUGAACAGUAUUCUGCUGCACAGUCUAUUCCCAGUGCUGUUACUGUAAUUGCACCUGCGCACCAUCUUGAAAACACAACAGAGAGUUGGUCAAAUUAUUAUAACAAUCAUAGCAAUCCCAGUUCAUUUGGCAGAAAUCCUCCACCUAAGAGAAGGUGUCAAGAUUAUGAUGAGAGAGGAUUUUGUGUACUUGGUGAUCUUUGUCAAUUUGAUCAUGGAAAUGAUCCGUUAGUAGUAGAUGAAGUUUCCUUGCCAAGUAUGAUUCCUUUUCCUCCACCACCUCCGGGACUUCCACCCCCUCCUGGUAUGCUUCUGCCUCCCAUGCCAGGUCCAGCUCGCAGUUUGAGGAUCCCAGUUCCACAAGCUCAUCCGCAGGCACCACCUCCUGUUGUGCUUCCUGUACCAAGACCACCUUUAACUCAGUCCAGUCUAAUAAAUAACCGUGAGCAGCCCGGGACGAGCGCAGUGCCCAGCCUGGCGCCUGUGGGAGCACGGCUGCCCCCCCCGCUACCCCAGAACCUCCUGUACACAGUAUCAGAACAUACGUAUGAGCCAGAUGGCUAUAACCCUGAAGCUCCCAGUAUUACCAGUGCUGGUAGAUCUCAAUAUCGGCAGUUCUUUACAAGAGCACAAACACAGCGUCCAAAUCUAAUUGGCUUAACAUCUGGGGAGAUGGAUACAAAUCCAAGAGCUGCCAAUAUCAUCAUCCAGACUGAACCUCCCAUUCCCAUUACAAAUAAUAGCAGCAAUGUAACUAGAGUUGUGCUUGAACCAGACAGCAGAAAAAGGUCUCCAAGUAGUUUGGAAUGUCCACCGUUGAAGAAACCAUGGCUGGGAAAGCAAGCAAAUAAUAACCAGAAUAAGCCAGGUUUUCUGAAAAAGAAUCAGUACACUAACACAAAACUAGAAGUUCGAAAAAUUCCACCAGAAUUGAACAAUAUCACACAACUCAACGAGCACUUCAGCAAGUUUGGAACUAUUGUAAACAUUCAGGUUGCUUUCCAGAACGAUCCUGAAGCUGCUCUAAUUCAGUACUUAACUAACGAUGAGGCUAGGAAGGCAAUUUCAAGCACAGAGGCAGUUUUAAACAAUCGGUUUAUAAGGGUGCACUGGCACAGAGAAAGUGAACAGCAGCCCCCGCUGCUGCAGCAACAACAGCAGCAGUCACCCUCACAGUCUCUUCAUCACCAACUUCACCUUCAGCAGCAAGCCCUGACCCCAGCUCCCGCUGUGACAAUGCACAGUAAUAUGUCCAAGGCAAUGAAUAAACCGCUGGCAUCUGGUGCCUAUGUCCUUAACAAAGUCCCGGUGAAACGUCGCCUUGGAGCAGCAGGUGGAAAUCAGUCUGAUCUCAGUCAGGCUGGGGCUGUAGUAGAGGACUGUCAGACAUUUCCUACUUCUACAAGCCACUCAAAAAUGGUUUAUAGUUCUUCAAACUUGAAGGCGGCUAUGAAGCCUGGCGCAGGAUCUAAACCUCAUGACGUACAAGAAGCUCUUAAGAAAAAGCAGGAGGCAAUGAAACUCCAACAAGACAUGAGGAAAAAGAAGCAGGAGAUGUUAGAAAAACAAAUAGAAUGCCAGAAGAUGUUGAUAUCCAAGCUGGAGAAAAACAAGUCCAUGAAACCAGAAGAGAGAGCAGAAAUAAUGAAAACGUUAAAAGAACUAGCAGGAAAAAUAUCUCAAUUAAAGGAUGAGUUAAAAACUUCAUCUACAACCUCUACGCCAUCAAAACUAAAAUCCAAGACAGAGGCACAAAAGGAACUUCUGGAUGCAGAACUAGACUUCCACAAAAGACUCUCUUCUGGAGAAGACACAACUGAACUGCGGAAAAAGCUAAAUCAGCUGCAAGUAGAGGCUGCCCGUUUAGGCAUUUUGCCUGCUGGCCGAGGGAAGACAGUUCCAGGCCAAGGGAGAGGACGAGGACGGGGCCGUGGUGGGAGAGGAAGGGGAAUGUUAAAUCAUAUGGUGGUAGACCAUCGUCCCAAAGCACUAACAGUUGGAGGAUUCAUUGAAGAGGAAAAAGAUGAAUUGCUGCAGCACUUCUCUAAAUUUGGAGAUAUUGAGGAUCUCCAAGAAGAAGAGUCCCCACUAAGUGUUGUUCUGACCUUUAAAUCUCGCUCUGAAGCUGAGAAUGCUGCUAACCAGGGAUCCAAGUUUAAAGACCGAAGGCUGCAGAUAUCAUGGUACAAACCUAAGGUACCCUCUGUGUCCACAGAAGUUGAGGAAGAGGAAUCUAAGGAAGAGGAGACUGAAACCUCAGAUUUGUUUUUGCACGAAGAUGAUGAUGAUGAGGAUGAAGAUGAGGAUGAAUCCCGUUCUUGGAGAAGAUGAAACUUGACGUUAGAAAUGUAUAACUUUAGGCAUAUAGUUCAAGCUAUAUCUUUUAGACGUUUAUUUAAGAAAGUUGAUGAGCCAAAAAAAGCUUUACUUUCUUUUCAAACCACAAGAUUUAAAGUGAGCAAAGUUUGUUAUAAAAACAUUUCAGAGAUAGAGCUGUGAUGCCAACCUAGCCAAAGGCCCAGUAACUUUUUAUAGAAGUAUCAAGCUCACCAGGAUGGUGAUUCUUUUCUAUUUGAGAAGGAUAAAAAAGAGAGAAAGAAAACAAAUAUUAGUAUUUUCUUGUCCUCUUUUUGUGUCACCCUCUAUUACCUUGUUUUGGGUUUUCUAUAACGUGAUUGAUUUGUUAGCUUAUAAUUGAAAAGAUGUUGCAGGUUUUAUUUAGCAAUAUUCUAGGCUCGGGGGAAAGACACAAACUUUCUUUAAAUGUUAUGAAAGAAAAAAAUGCCUCAUUUACUAAUUGAAGAAAGGUAGCAUUUUAUUUCAUAUGCAAUCACUUUCUGUAGAAGUUACUAGUGGCUAAACUCAUCAGACAUUUAAGGAUGUUUGAAAGCCACACAGUUUCAAUAUUUGCUUUGUGAGAGGGGAUGGAACAAGAAAUCCAACAGGGUAUGACUGUAACACUGUCCAGUUCACUCUGUCCUUCAAACCCUGCUUUGCAAAAACAGCAAUGACACAGGUUUCAGUUCAGGGUUUACUCACUGAUGAUCUCCCUCUGUAGUUCAGUACAAGGUUCCAGCUUCAGCCAGACUGUUCAUUUGCUGCAUUUCUGUAUCUGUGAGCUUGAAUAGAAUGAGUUUCGUGCUUUCCCCCUACAUGGGCAACUGCUUGCAGCCCUUCGAAACUCUUCUUCCCCUCUGAGUUCUGUUUAUAUUGGAGCCAAAUCCAUGCGGUGUUCAGAGCACAGUGCUUCCUGCCUCGCUGCAGGUGGGCAGUGCUGCAGGGUGGCAGUGCUGCAGGCUUUGGAGCGGUGCUCGUUGGCCUUCGGGUUCUGUUGGGACACGUUUCAGAUGGCGCCGUUCCAUGCUCAGUGCCGAUUGCUGUACCAUUUCCUAACACCCCCACGCCCACAGCGGUGUGCAAUGGUAGGAAUGAGGACAACGAGCUCAGAUCCUGAAGCCACGUCUCUUAACUGCUGCGUGGCUUUUGUGGCUCGCCAACAUCAGUGCCACUUAGGAAGCAUUUUCCUUGGCUGUGCAUUUGUACAGUGCACUUCUCAGUACACUUUGAUGUGCUUUUCUAUACAAAAUAAACUGAAUGUCAGUGAAAAAUACUCUCCUCUUUUUAGUUUACCAGAGUAUUUGCCAGCAAGUUCCCGACUGAAGAAAAUUUAGAGAGACCCCUGAAUUGCUGUGGCUCUGAUCUUGGUGGCACAGCUGAGCACGCUGUGUUUGCUGCUCCCUGACUGCGUUCCCUUUUUGCUGUGGUGGUGCAUUGGAAGUCCAAGCGGUGUCAUCUUCAGUUUCCUCAUCAGCUGAGGGGAAUUCUGCCUUUCAGUGCUCCGCCUCUGCACGUUAAAACCUCUGUAUGUAAUUUGGACAUUCUUGUUAACAGUGAGGUGAAAUUGCAUAUGCAAGGAAAUGAGGGAAAACGUAUCUUAGCUAUUCCCAAUGUCUCUCCUCCCAUCAUCUCUGAUGUUGUUCUUAUUGUCUGCAGUUCAGUCAGUGUAUAUGUUGAAAUACCCAUUGCAGCAACUGUGUUUGAGUCCUGACAGUUAAAAGUGAUAGAGGGAACAAAGGAUUUAUAUAUUUUUUUGUACAGAGUUUUUUCUUAAACUGUAUAAUUUUGUAAAUACUUUGCUUUUUUGUGUACUAAAACUACCAGCGUAUAGAUUUCAAUAAGAACUGUUGUAUUUUUGUAUUUGGAAAAUGAAAACUACAGUGAAUGAAUGAAGCUGUAAGAAAAACUGCAGUAGCCUUUGACACAGAACGGGAUUCCUUUUCAUAUGGUUUGGGCUGUGGCAGGGCGGCCGCUGGGCUGGGAUGGCAGGAUGAGCUGCUGCGCUGCUCCAUUCUGGAGGAGUGGUUUCUGGAGAGCUUCCCACGAUUGCUUUGCUCUUCUUACUGUUUUCCUUUACAGCACACACAGGCAGUGACGUCCCAGAUGCGAUUUCUGAGUGCUGAAGUGAAAAAAUGAGUUGUGCAUCUGAGCUUAGCUUGUGCACUGGGAGCGCACUGUUACCUCAUUGCAGUGUGAGUGAUGGGCAGCGAUCCCAGUGCUGGUGUUUCAAGAGUAGGAAGGGUGUUCCGAAGUGAGCCUUUUGCCCAAGCUCGUGGGUCUCCCUGUAACUUGGGCUGUGCUGGGCAAUACGGAGCUGCUCUGGUUUGGGUGUUCGGUGACGUGGCAGUACUGUGUGCUUCACUCUGUGGUGCCAUUGUACCCUGACGCGUACUUUGUGAGGGCAGCAGCGCAGCCUGUGUGCAGCAGGCAGUGCCUGCAGGUGUGUGCAGGAGGUGUUCAGUCUGUGUGAGCUGUGUGUGAUGGGACGGAGGGCACCUGUGGGCAGGGAGAGCUGCACUGCCUGCACUGUGUGUGAGCUGGGCAAAGAGAACAGCAACCCCAGAGCUGGAAGGUUAACGUGGAAACUGUCGCCUGCUUACUGUGAGAAUGCACCUCUUCUUUUCCUCCUCCUUAACAAAAUCAUGUGAAAAGGAAUGAAGUUCCCUUGGUGUAUAGUAAACUUGUACUAUAGUUUUUACAAAAUUGUGAACUUGUGUAAUAGUGUAAUAGGAGAUAUUGUUGAAUUUCUAACUGUUUAUACAUUUAAAUUCAUAUAUGUAAUGUUUGUUUUAUUGAUUACAAUCUGAAUUUCUAAGA